AUGGCUAGUGUUACCAACGAAGAUCGCGCCACAGAGGGUGCACCGGCGGCCAACAUUGCACAAGAAGAGGGCCGCGACAGGAUUGUAAAAAGAACCGAUCUUUCCCCCAGACAUUCCGACGGUCAGAGCAGUUCCAGUACUAAUUCGACAACAACCGAUGAAGGGGACCCUCCUGGCCCCGAGCGGCACAGAUCCGUCCUUGCACGGCUGAAGAACUUUCGGAACAAGAGCAAAGACAAAAUUUUGAACUAUUUCCGCACAAUAGAGACAACGGCUUAUUACGUCGAAUACUUCAAUCCCGACAAAAGAGACCGCAAGGCAUUGAAGACGAUCCUGUCGAAACUCAGUCCUGCUCCCCAGGCACUCCAGGAUAUGAAUCCACGCGCUGGAGUUCAAAUCGAGCUGCACAUACCAGCGAACAACACCUGCCAAAGGGGAACCCAAGGAUUUAUGGGACUGGUCGAUACUGGUGCCCGAGGCGUCUCUCUGGUAAGAGCGUCGGUGGUCGAAGCAGUAGACCAAAGAUACAUACCCAUUGAGAACCUUCCCUCAAGGCAGCAGGAAUACGCUAGCAGCCUUAGGGGUCUCGGUGACUCUAGACGAGUUGAAGUUCUUGGUAGCACCGUGUUACCACUUCUUGACCCUGACGCCCCCGGAUUUAUAUUUCACUCCAAAUUUUUCGUCGUCCCAGACACAGCGUUGGACCAAGCCGAUUUCCUGCUGGGCACGGAUUUUACAGCGUCCGUGGUCACCAAUUUCUCCGUGGCCAACAAGAUUAAGCAACGGCACAGGGCUAUUUUGUCCCUGUUCAGCCGCACAAUCCCGUGA